GCCAUGGAGUGGGAGAAGGCGUGGUCGCGGGUUCCGGUGGUGACCUACCGGGCGGUGCGUCAUUUCCUGGAUCGGCGUGAAGCGAGGCCGAGGCCGGGGCCUGGAGUUGGUGAAGGCUGAGCUGAGGAUAACUCCUUACAGAAUUGAAGGAGAGUUGGGGAUUGAAUCAAACAUUGAGGUUCUGUGUCGUUUUUGUGAGGUGGAACAAACAUUUGUGAAGGCUGUGACAGCAUCAUGCGCUCCCUAUAUCUUCUGUUCGUCGUUGUGCUCAGCUGCGGACUUGUAGUCAGCAAGUUUGAUGACUUCGAUGAUACCGAUGACAUUACUGAGUAUGACGACAAUGAUUUUGCAGAAUUUGAAGAUGUGAAUGAGGAUGUGCCUCAGGAGACUCCACAGAAAAUUACAACCGUGCAAGAUGAUGAGGAAGAGGCGACGGUAGAAGUGGAGGACCAGGAUGAAAACCAAGAAGAUUUUGAAGAUCCAGAUGCACCUGCAGAUGGCGAUGCAGAGAAUGAACUGUUUGACGAUGAAGAAUUUGAAGGUUAUGAAGAGGUAGAUAGGCCAUCAAGCAGAAGCAAAGACCCGAUUAAGAUAGUUAACGUCCCACAUCAUCUCCAGAACAGCUGGGAGAGCUACUACAUGGAGAUUCUGAUGGUCACUGGGCUCCUUGCUUACAUCAUGAAUUACAUCAUCGGCAAAAACAAAAACAACCGGCUGGCUGCAGCGUGGUUCAGUUCCCAUAAGCAACUGCUUGAGAGUAACUUUGCACUUGUCGGAGAUGACGGGAUGAAUAAAGAGCCCAUCAGUACUGGGAAGCUAAACCAGGAAAACGAACACAUUUAUAACCUGUGGUGCUCAGGGCGUCUGUGCUGUGAGGGAAUGUUGAUUCAGCUGAAGUUUUUGAAACGUCAAGAUCUGUUGAAUGUCCUCGCACGCAUGAUGAGGCCAGCCAGUGACCAGGUGCAAAUCAAAGUCACAAUGAAUGAAGAAGACAUGGAUACCUAUGUAUUUGCCAUUGGUUCACGGAAAGCCAUGGGGAGGAUGCAGAAGGAGAUGCAGGAUUUGAGUGAAUUCUGCAGCGAUAAGCCAAAGUCAGGGUCUAAAUUCGGAAUUCCGGAUUCACUUGCUAUCCUGUCCGAAAUGGGAGAAGUCACAGAGGGAAUCCUGGAUAACAGAAUGGUGCAUUUCCUCUCGUCUCAUGAUGAUAAAAUUGAGUCCAUUCACUUUUCGGAUCAGUUCUCUGGGCCUAAAAUAAUGCAAGAAGAGGGCCAGCCCCUCAAGCUGCCUGAUACUAAAAAGACACUACUGUUUACAUUUAACGUUCCUGGUCUGGGCAACACUUCUCCAAAGGACAUGGAAUCCUUGCUGCCACUGAUGAACAUGGUUGUUUACAGCAUUGACAAGGCAAAGAAGUACCGGUUGAACCGUGAGGGUAAGAUGAAGGCUGAUAAGAAUCGCGCUCGUGUGGAGGAAAAUUUCCUGAAGAUGACUCAUGCCCAACGGCAGGAAGCCGCACAAACACGGAGAGAGGAGAAAAAGCGUGCAGAGAAAGAAAGGAUCAUGAAUGAGGAGGAUCCAGAUAAACAACGCAGGCUCGAGGAAGCUGUUCUACGCCGUGAACAAAAGAAGCUGGAGAAGCGACAGAUGAAGAUGAAACAGAUCAAAGUGAAAGCGAUGUAGAGUACCAAAUAAGGGAUGAUGUUACCCUUGCAUCAAUCACCUCAUUGUUCAAUUGUUCAAUUUUAAUGAGAAACUCAGGGCACUAAGUAAUUGAUUAGCAAUUUAUGCAAAAAAUUGUUACACUUCACAAGCUCUAAUAACAGUCUUUGGUAUUUUGGAUUUUGAUCCCUCGCCCAAUGCAACUUUUAGUCAUUAGCCUCCUAGCCUCUGUGAGGUAAGUCUUAAUUCUGCAUGGAAUGCAAGACCUAUUUUGUGGUGAUCCACAUUAGGCCAGAUUGAAACUAAAAUAUAGUUCCAUUGUCUUAAGAUCAUCCCCAUACUGUAAGUUUACUUAAACUGGCUGGAAAUUGAAACUUUUUCAAAUGAAAUUAUGUUUGUACAGAGAUUUGGGCAGAUGCCAAACAGCUGAGUGUUGGAAUAGAGCAAUGACCUAAUGCCACUGUAUAGAGUGGGUGCCAUAAGGGAAACCCCCGUUUGUUUCAUUCUCUACCUUUUAGAUGAAUAUGAAUGAAUGGAAAUGUGUAUUGGAGCCGUGCACUUUCACUUAUUUUUACUUUAUAUAAUGAUUAAAUUGCUAAUCCAAUACUC